GAUGUGGUGGGCAACGGAGACGACGGAAAGCGGAGCCGCGUCAGUGCAUAGGCACGAGCUGCGCCGUCGGGUGGACGACGACGACGACGCGUUGCUCCGCCUCCUUUAUCUUAUCAUUUCUCACGUCAUUUUUAUUAUCUUCACGUACGUAAACGUCGGCAGUUCUACGCAAAAGUCUGAUCCGCAUUUGAUGAAACGCGGCCCAGCAUCCCGCGGUUCAAACAUUUCUAAAAAUAUACUUUGAAACGUCGAGCUCCACGAGGAGAAAGGAGAAGGCCUGCGCGCUCACAAACUGUGAAAUCUACAGUUCGCUUAUUGUGUCCAUGUGCCUGCGCUCCGUCCAUGUGUGUGUGUGCGUGGCCGGAGCACGCGCGCGCGUCUUUCUCCGCUCGUUGCCGCGCGCGCAAAGUGUCUCUUUAACUCGUUAAAUGCUCUCGACCAGCACGUACUAGGCUCCCCUUUCUCGUAAAAAUUCGUUUUUGUCCUGAAAUUUGGAUUCAUAUUAAAAAUAAUAUAAAAUAAUCAAUAUAGAAAUAAUAUCUGGCAUUAAUUAUCGAAUGUUCUUCUACAGCUUCAAGGGAGAGAUUCGGUGUUCGUUGUUGACACACGGUGUUCGUUUUUAUUUAAUAUACAAGUUUUAUAAAUUUACCAUACUUCCCCAUGAUUCACUCGUAUAAAUCCGUGAAAUUUGCAUAAAUACAAAUGUGAAAAAUUACAGAUGAUGUGUGUGUAAUUAUGUACGUGAGCGCGGGUGCGUGAAUGAGUCACGUGCUAAUGAAAAGAGAUAGUGGACCCACAUCGUGAACGGAAUACAGAUGAACGAUCGGGAAACAGACGUGGACCCCUUUAAUUCGAAAGAAACUCUCGUUCGAAGAAGAAGAAAAAAACGAAAUGCUGUGAUUUUAGAUAGUGAGACUCGCUGCGAGAAAACGGGAGCGGUGUGAUUCGAGAGAAGGAAGGGACAAUCGGGUACACCACAACGGUGGGACAACGACGAGGUGACCCUGAUAAAUUGCGGGAAAAAAUUUCCAGUUCGAGCUUGCGUUAAUUCGAGCCGCGAAGAGUCAGAGGAACUCUCAUAUAUGUCUCAGGAUCAAUGGGUUAACAUCGGAACAUAUCAUAAUUUUAUUUUACUGGGACGCCACUACGCAGUGGAGGAAUCAAGCUCCGUGAUGGAGGUGAAGCCGAUACCGAAGCCGCGAUCGGUAGUAACCGAGAGCAAACCGAUACCGGCGCCUCGAAGACUCUUGCCGACGACCACCUUGCCAUCGACUCAUUCCAGCAGUCCGACCAGCGAGUCCGGUCAGUCUGAGAAAAGCGACGAUUUAAAGUCGACUAGCAGUGGUGAUUUGAAAUCGGCCUCCAACGAUAGUACUCGCGGCAACCACGAGUUCUUUCGCAGCCUCAGCACGAGCUCGCGCCAAUUGAAGGACGAGAUCUCGGAGAAGAUGACGGUGAAGGGACGCGCCGUUAUCUCCAGCACGCGAAACGCCAGCAUUCGGCUGGAGAAGUCGGUGAAGAAUCUGUUGACGCGGCGGCUGUCGUCCUUGAACCAGGACGACGUGGUGGUCGGUCAGGGCGGCGUCCAGAAAAAGCACAAAGAUCCGGUCGAGGAGGACAGAUGCGUGUCGAUGCCGGCCGACAACAUCUUUAGCAGCAUCUCAUUUUACAGCCCUCUGAGCGGCAAUCUGAAGAGCAUGAAGAACGAAGAGGAUCUGUCCACCGGUGGCAGGCACAGCCCGCCGCCUCCGGUUUAUCCGCCACCCCCGCUUCCGGACGAAUCUAUCUACGACGAGCUGCAGUCCGUCACGUCGGGAAGUAGCGGCCGAUACGACACACUCAGUUCCACGGUGUCCGACAAGAUCGAGCGAGAUUUUCCCGACUUCAACGUCCUCGGCUCCACGCGGAACCAGACUAGCGAUUCCGACCAGAGUCUAAACUUGUCCGACGUCAAUGUAAGCCUAUCGCACGACAAAUCUGAAAUCUCUGCCAAAAGGCUGUCGAGGUCAGACUCUUGGACCUUUUACGACGCCACACCGGGCACGAGAGCUGAGAAUGUCGAUGAGGUGGACAGGAUAUCCAGCGUAGAAGAGGAGAGUUUGGAGAAAUCCUUCGAGAAGAAAAUCUCGCCGGUAGAUCGAACUUCUUGCGCGUCCUUCGAGAGCCAGGCUUCCAUCCAAAAUUCUCUCUAUGAGAACCUGUCGCCACCGAAGGUCGAUUGUCGGCAACAGCCGACGGCGAUUCCCUCGGACACCAGGCUGCAGAGCAGCAAGUCCGUGCUCUUCGAGUUCGACCCGUUCGCGAGGACAUCCGAGGACGAGAACGUUUAUAGCAAUUACGAGAACAACGAUAUGAUGCUGCUGGAGACGUUGUUGGCUACCAACGACAGCGCCGACAGUACGCUGGAAUUUCGCGAGAGCGCCGAAGAGGAGCAAGAUGACGAAGACCUGGCGCAUCCCGGCAUCAAUGUGACACCACCGGAACCACCCAAGAGAUUUGACUCCCUUCCCAAGAACGAGUAUGACGUGGCGGAAGGUGUGGAGCAACCCGACAAGGUUCAAGCGUCGGGCAAAAAUCCGGCUCUCUUGCCGAAGCUGGCGCAUUUGGUGACCAAGAAGCAACCCGCUGUUCCUCCCAGGAAGCCUUCCACGAAGGGUCCUGCGCUUCCUAAACCGAAUGCGAUUACGACUGUGACAACGACGACAACGACGCUUGCCAACAACGACGAGGAGAGCGUUACCAGUCCUUCGUCGGGGACGCCGAAACUUGCCGAGGAUCAUCGCAAAGUGAGCGUGAUACAAAAAUUGAAGAAACUAGGACAGGAAUCCACGGUGCACGCCAUCAAGCCCAAUGUGAUCAGUUUCGUUAAGAGUGGUAGUAAACUGUUAUCCAGGACUCGCGAGCACAUCGCCGAGUCCGGCUCGAGGUCGCUACGAAUGGAGAGGCCGAAGGUGAAUGCUCCGCACAAUCCGGUCACACACAGGGGACUAGUGUACAGGCCUGGAAUGGGUAUCGAGAGGGCCAAGGACCUCGUGCCGAGAGCGACAGCGUUGCUCGAUCGGAAAUUAUCGUUCUACGCUGACAAGAGCAUGUCUACGCUGAAAGAGGUCGUGGAAUUAGAGACAAUAUACAGUAUUCAUCUGCUUCAGGAUGUUAAGACCAUGGACGGUGAGACGGUGCAUUGCAUAGCGAUUAGCGGCGCGGGCAGACCGAGCGUGCACAUUUUCUACGCGAAAGGCAUCGCCGAGAGACGAAUCUGGGCUCAGAGAAUCCUCGAGGCGACCACGCCGACCUUCUCCACGAAGUACACCGCCGAAUUCACCAGAGCAGGUUGGGCUUACUUAAAGGAAGGUGUAACAGGUACCUGGUUCCCAGCUUGGCUCCUCUUGCAAGAAAGAACGUUGAUUUACACGAAAUCCUUGGAAUCUACGUUCGCCGUGAACUUUGAACACGUAGACCUGCGGAAAGCGCGCUGCAUCGUGUUGCGAGAUCAAGAAGGGCCGAUCUCCGGAAGCGGAAUUGUUCCAGUGGUGGUUGCAGAUGCCGGGGGUAGCGGCGCCCUGCAUAUUGCCACGUCGGGAACCCACGAGGCGACCGCUUGGCGACACGCUCUUUAUCAAGCGGCCACGAACUGCGGCCCUGCUUUAGACCAACAACAGAUUACGCAGGACAAUGUGCCCGUCAUCUUGGACAAAUGCGUCAACUUCAUCUAUGCCCAUGGUAUGAUGACGGAGGGUAUUUAUCGUCGUAGCGGAUCGAGCAGUGCCGUAGUAAAACUAUUAGAAGCUUUUAGACGAGAUGCAUGGGCCACACAAAUAACGAGGAAUUUGUACACGGAACACGACGUCGCCACGGUUCUUAGAAGAUUUCUUCGGGACUUGCCGGAUCCAUUGUUCCCUUCUAAUAUACACGACCGACUUUGCCUCGCCUCAGAAUCGACCAGCGAGGAAAAUAGAGUGGCGACUUAUCGGAAACUAUUGUCCACCCUGAGUCCCAUAACGUCGGCGACGCUCCGCCGGAUCCUGGCGCAUCUUCACGGCCUCAGUCAGCAGAGCGCCAGGAAUCUGAUGACCGUCGAAAAUCUUUCGGCAAUCUGGGGUCCGACUCUGAUGCACGCCGGAGAGAAUAGCGCCGAGGAGUGGAACCGGGCGGAGAUCAAGGUCAUCGGUGACCUCAUCAAACUGUAUCCGAAACUUUAUCAAUUGUCGUCGGCUGACCUGGCCAAGGAAGCGAAGAUGCUAGAGGUUCUGGAAAAACAUCAUGUGUCCAACAAUGGACCGCGAGGUGCGCCUUCGGGGGAUCUCAAGAUCUGGAUAUACAUCCUGUCGCAGAAUGGAGAGUGUGUGAACGUCACCAUCGGACCUCAGAAGACUGCGUUCGACGUGUGCCGGGAACUCGCCGAGAAAGCCAGCUUGCCGUCUCACGAGCUGUGUCUAGAAGAAUAUACUCUGUCCGGCGCGUUGGAGCGACCGUUGCAUCACAGCGAACGUGUCCUGGAAACAGUGGCAAGAUGGGGAUACUGGGACUCGGAUGACAGGAAGGAUAACGUCCUCGUCCUCAGGAAAGACCGAUUGUACAAGGACAUCGUGCCUCUGGUAAAGCCGCCUAUGACGAUCUCCGGCGAGCUUAAAUUUGCAGACACCAGGACGAAGAACCUGAAGAGUUACCUCUUCGAGUUCAGCCAGGCGAAGCUCUGUUGUUACAAGGAUAAGGUGUGCUCCGUGAAACUUCAUGAGUGGAAGAUAGAAGAUAUUAUUUGGUACUUGGGACACGAGCCUAAACGCAAUCCACAGAUGGGCUGGUCUAUCACGUUUAUCACGAAGAACAAGAAACCAACAAGAUGUAAGGACAGUCCAUAUUUCGGGAAUGUUUUGGCAGGCACGUCCAAAGAUGAACAGUACAGAUGGUUAGCGGCUAUGCUCUUCGGGGAGUACCAAUUAAAUCUCCGAGCUUCCGCGGUGAAUCUUAUGGAUCCAUGACCAAUUAAAGCCGAUUAAGCAACUUAAGUGCCUCCAAAGUGAUUGAUAAGUGAUACUUUCCUAAAUAAAUCGCGUUAUAGACUCUGAACAAAUACGUGCAUAGUGUCAAUUAAAAGAACUGAUUAGCUUAAUAUUUUAUAGUUUACAGUUUUAUAGGUUUUUUCUAAGCAUAAUAUCCUAAGUCUGAUCUCGUCUAACAAGCGCUUAUGUAAAUUGAAUUGUCCCGUUACAAAUUGAUUAGUGCGGCCAAUAGAAACGUCCUCGUAGUUACGAAUCAAUGAUGCUGUGAAAGUCUAUUGUUACAAUUGAGUUGACAAGAAUGAUAAUUAUCGCAUAAAUAUGUGACGAAUUAUGAAAUAACAUGCCAUUUGUAGAAAAAUACAAUUAACGAAAGCUGAAAUAGGCGAUACAAUGUUUUCAAAUUUAUUUUUAACAUAAAUAUGUACAUACACA